AUGGAACCAGAUACAGCCACCCGCCACCGCUGCCGCCGGCAGCUCCACGUAUUCCUCUUCCCCUUUAUGUCGCCGGGCCACCAAAUCCCGAUGCUAGACAUCGCCACCCUCAUCGCCUCCCGCGGCGUCCAAACCUCCAUAGUCACCACCCCCCUCAACCUCUCCCGUCUCCGCUCCGCACUCCACCGCCUCGCUCACCUCCCCAUCACCGUCCACCCCCUCCACUUCCCCUCCGCCGCCGCCGGCCUGCCGGAGCACUGUGAGAGCCUCGAUUCUCUCCCCUCCACCCUCAUGUCCCACAGCUUCAGCCGCGCCAUCAUGAUGCUCCACCCCCAGGGCGACGAUCUCGUCCGUCAACACCAACCAGACGCCAUCAUCUCCGAUCAGAACAUCCCGUGGACGGCCCAGAUCGCCCGGAAGUACGGCAUCCCGCGACUCGUCUUCCACGGGACGUCUUGCUUCUCCCUUUGCGUCUCAGACAGCGUGAGCAAGUACAAGCCUCACGAAAACGUCAACUCGGACUACAAACCGUUCUUGGUACCCGGUUUACCGGAACCGGUUCACGUGACCAAGUCCUGGAUGCCCAGCCGGUUCUUUCGCCACGUGGGUCUGCAAGAAUUCUUCGCCCAGUUCGUGGAAGCCGAGCGGAACACCUAUGGAACCAUCGCCAACACCUUCUACGAGAUUGAACCGAAGUACGUGGAACACUAUGGGAAGAUCAGUGGGAAGAAGAUAUGGCCGAUCGGGCCGGUUGGGUCAGUUGAACCGGACUCGCUGGGUAUGGCGGAGAGAGGAAACAGAGCUUCUGUCAAUGUGGACCGGUGUCUGAGUUGGCUCGACUCCAAGGAACCGAACUCAGUGAUUUACGUGUGUUUCGGCAGCCUCUGUACUUUUGCCGAGUCACAACUCGUUGAGAUUGGGCUGGGGCUUGAGGCUUCGAAUUGUUCGUUCUUAUGGGUUAUAAGAGAAGGCUACGGGAACGGGAUCGCCAUUGGGGAUCUUGGGGAGAGAGUGAAGGCCCGUGGGCUUGUGAUAAUGGGCUGGGCCCCGCAGGCCUUGAUUCUAAACCACCCCGCGGUGGGCGGGUUCAUGACUCACUGCGGGUGGAACUCGGUGUUGGAAGCGGUGAGGUCGGGGGUGCCCAUGAUAACGUGGCCGCUCUUCGCCGAGCAGUUUUAUAACGCGGCGUUCGUGUUGACUCGGUUGAGAAUCGGUUUUGGGAUCGGAGGGGACACGGGUUUGGAGUGGGGGCGGGAGCAGGAAGCUGGAGUGAGGGUGAAACGGAGCCGGGUCGCGGCGGCGGCGACUCGGUUGAUGGGUGGCAGUGAAUCGGUAAGGGAGAUCCGGCAGCGGGUGCGUUCGCUGAGCGAGUUGGCUGGAGCAGCGGUGAGUGAAGGUGGAUCGUCCCACGUGAAUGUGGACCGUUUGAUUGAUGAUCUUCUGAUGAUAAAGGAGAGAUUGGCAGCGGGCCAACCCGUCAACGAACUGUGA